AUGUGCUUCCUGCUGGUCAAUUGGCUCUUCCUACUACUCUGUACUGCGGCAUUCUUUAGGCUAGGAUAUUGCACUACUUUCGACGUAGCUCAACGGCCUACAUCUCCCAAAACGUUCAACGCCAAUGGCUUCAAUGCGUUCCGUUUUCAAAGCCCCAAGCAGUGCAGUUACAACGAAUUUUACGACUUAAACCAUUAUCGCUGUGCACCGUGCAACGAUGUUGCAAAUAUUGGAAAACUGCAGCCAAGCGCGGACUAUUUCUCCUGCAAAUGUCCAUAUGGCAGCAUCAUUAUCUUCGAGCCCAGCAAAACUUGGCCAACUUGUCUGCAAUUAUGUUCAAAAAAAUCAAAUCAAAGUUUCGAGGAGCCCACAGAUGCUUCUACAAGUGAUGAUUGUCUCGUUAUGGACGAUAAACCACAAGUCAUGGAGGACUGCAGUUUGCGAUACCUAAACGCUACGUCGGCAGUGAACCUCCACCUUCCUUUGCCAAUUGGUGGGAUUUUACUUACCCAGACAGAAGUGGCGUCUAAUGGUAGCGAUUGCCACAGCUGCGAUCCGAUAUAUAACUUCCGUUACCAGGACUACUGCAUAGCCAAUACCCUGCUGCGUCCCUAUUUGCAUUACAAUGCCUUCUGGCAGACCAUCACCAGCAACAGCGGAAAGACACUAAGCAGCACCUACGGCCACUUUGGUGAACUGAAGUUUGUCGCCUUCUUCUGUCUGGCUUUGCGGAAUUCUAGUGCCUGCAACCAGUUGGCCAAUCUCUGUGUACUUUCCCAUUACUCCCUGGACAAGCAUUCGCCAUGCAGCGCAUUUCUGCUGACACAAGUCUCGGAUGUGGUCAUGAAGUAUGCCAAUGCCGGAGAACCGUUGCGGAGCCUCCAACCAUUUCUAUUUUAUAAGAAGGGAAAAGUGACGAGUAGGCUGCUGGGCACACCCUUGGAGGACCAAUCGAGUCAACUAAAAAUGUUUAGCACCAACUAUGCGCUAACUGGUCGUCUUAAACGUUGGGGUAGUAUUAGUCUGCAGGAUGUUAAUCUUUGUCAGCUGCAUGGGCCAAGAACGGACGCAUUGGAACUUCGCUUCGCUCAACGUUCUCGCGAUGUCAACUGCCAACUGACGCUGGGCCAGCUGAUAGACCUCGCAAUUUUGAUGGCAAACGAUAAUUUUCUUAAUCUGUACCUUAACUACACCAAGAAUGACGAUAAGCAUUGGUACCUUCACCCACUGCCAGUGUUGAUAGAAACACUGAUCCCAGAAAAUCAGCGGCAGCAACGCGAGGAGUGGCAGCUGGUUACGCGAUUUCAGCUUAUUGAGGCUCACCCUCGGAUACGCCAUCACACUUCCGGUGCCGUAGCUUCCCAGUAUGAUGAUUCAUAUAAGUUGCAGCGUUAUCGCAGCCUUCGCUUUGUGGAGUACCUUGAGCUGCAUUACGAUAUCCAUUCAAAUAACCGUAUUGGAGUUCCGCUGUUACGGUUACGAUAUCGUAGCGUCGAACUGACCAGUAAUGCUUCGCUUCAGCAAUUGUAUUCUAUUCGGUUGAGGCUCAGCUUUACACGUCUCCACGAGGGCGCAAAUCGUCAACUUCUCCUGGAAGUGGCACUGCCAUUGUUGCUGCUAGUCGCCUUGACAGUGGCCCUGCUUCGGCUCUACAAUAUCCGUCGAAGGAGGCGACAUACGACGGCUGACGAACUGUGCGAGGUCUCCUGCCUGGUGGAAUUUCUUCUCCACUUGGCCGGCAAUGUAGCGCUGGCAUUAUUAACCACCACACUCCUGAUCCUCUGCUUCAAUACGCUGGAAUAUCUGACUCAGCGUAGUUUGGAGAUCACACUGCCACUGCUGAAGCAUAGUCAUGCCUUGGGUACACUUAUAUACCCCGCCUGCCUGCUGCAAUUUGUCUUCUUGUUGGUCCAACUACGGCGCGCCAGCCAACUGGAGCUGUUCUUUAUAGACUGGGAACGUCCGCGCAUCUCCGAACAAAACCAUUUUAACUUAAAGAGCAAUCUGGACACCUCAUCGGUUUGCUCAAGUGUGCGCACCUAUGUGGCAGAGAACAAUGUGUCUGCCUGGCGUCUGCUCUUCACGGCCAACGAAUGGGUCCGUUUGAGUAUGGCCCAAAAAUAUUCCAGUGCGGUUCAGGCUUUUAUCGUCCUGUGCGUCUAUCAACUACUGGACCGACCGCAGGUGACCCACGAGGAUAACACGAUACGUGGCUGCCUCUUAGCACUGCUCUAUGUGGGAUCCUAUUUCCUACAGUUACUCAUACGCCAACUGCUCGUGGAGCGCAUCUUUGGCGAACCUUUGCAACAAUUUAUUGACACCUGCAGUCUCGCAAACAUCAGUGUAUUCAGUUUAAUGGAUCCCGGCUUCGGUUAUUACAUACAUGGACGCUCGCCGCAUGGUUUCGCCGAUACGGACAUGUCCUCGAUGAUCAUGCAGCUGCAGAGGGAGGCGCAGAGCAUGUGUGGUCGACGUGGUCUGCUUAUGGAUAGCGACAAGCAGGCAUACAUCGUUUUGCCGCCCCGCAAUUUACGAAUUUACUUAGAACGUUUGCUUGUACCUUUCCAACGCUCGGCAAGUCUGUCACAAUCGCUCUAUCAAAAGGAUAUACCCACUAUAGAUGGCACUGUGGAGCGUACCUCGAUUGCCUAUGCUAGCGUUAAUCGUUUCUUUUGUGCAUUUAUUGACCACGCCAUUAAAGAUAUGGACUACAUUAUUAAGGAGAAAAGUUUUAUCGAAAAAUUUCUAAACUGUGAGAUUGAUAAUUACUUAACAGAAAACAAAGGCACGUUCUACAUUGAUGAUUCACUAAGUUUUUCUCGCGUACUUUUGCUGGGCAAUCACUUUCAGAUUUUUGUUCUAGAAUUUCUAAUGCUUAUUUCAUCUUUUCUUUUGACUGACAACGUCUGGAUUGGCAUAGCUGUGAGCUGUGCGUUUAAUAUGCUUCUCCACAGCGCAUUUCGAUAUUGGGUGCGUGAAAAUGUCUCCCGCAAGACGCUCAUCGAUCAGCGCUUUUUAAUGUAGCAGACAUCCGAGGAACAGCAUUUGCGCAGUGAUGGAUUCUUUGAACUUUAGUUGGUAAUAACAAAAUGAAGAUUUGUUUUACUUGAAAUCGAAUUUUCGGACUUUGUUUUAUUUCAUAAUUCAUUUCACAGUGAGUAGUGCAUAGUAGUUAUGUUUAUUUAUCAUAAAACUUACAGCUAAAAACAGAUAAACUAUUUCUAUAAUUUCUAUCUUGUAGUUCACAUUCAACAUGGUAUCUUUAUCUUUUUUCUUCUCUGUAUCUGCUUGUAUUGAUUUGUUGAAUUAUAUUUCACUUAGUUUCAUUACAUAUGUACGCAAUUUUGUUUGCUUUAGGAGUAACUCCGCAUGCAUCUGUGGCAUCGUUUGGGAGUAUAGGAUUUAGUUACUGUUACU